AUGCAGGAAACCGCUGAGCACAAGGCAGCCAUGGAGGCUGAGAUCGAGGUUGCCCAUAGUGAGGGCCGCGAUCUUCCAACAAAGGGAUAUGAAGAUCCUCACAAAGCUGCGCUCGAGGACAAUCCCGAGCACGCUGAGAAGCUCAGUCUCUCUGUCAUUCUUUCGGCUCUUUUCUUGGGAACCUCCUUCACGGGACCUAUCAUCUUCGGCUUCAUCCUCGCUACCCCCAUUUUGGUACAACUGAGUGAAAAGUUGGGAGGUUCAACCAUCGACUUUUGGAUACCUUCUGGCUGGGGUGCAGCAGCAGCAGUUGGCUUUUCCAUUGCAGGAAGGCUGUCAGACGUCUUUGGUCGUCGAUACGUUAUCCUUGUUGGGCAGCUUCUCACAGUUAUUGGUGGUGCAGUUGCAUGCAGUGCACAGUCGAUGAAUCAACUCAUUGCCGGCGAAGUUAUCCUCGGAGGUUCCAUAGGAACGGUGUCAGUCGCCUAUGCUGGCAUCUCUGAAAUAUUGCCCAACAAAUACCGCGGCGUUGGCCUCGCCUGGACCGAACUCAACCUUGCAAGUUGGGCCAUCGCGGGAACACUUCUUGCCAACGCCCUGCUCUCCCAUGCCAGCUGGCGGGUGAUGUACUAUAUCGCGAUGGGAUACGGUGGCUUCUCACUUGUCGGCACAUUCCUCGUCUACUUCCCACCCAGUCAUCCGCGUCCUGAUGGCUUGACCAAGUGGCAAGAAUUCAAGCAACUCGACUUCAUCGGCACCGCCCUCUUCGUCUCCGGUCUUGCUGUCUUCCUGUACGGCCUGAACUCCGGCGGUAACACCUAUCCCUGGACACAUGCGGGAACCUUGGCUCCUUUGAUCCUCGGACUGUUGGUGUUUUUGGGAUCUUUCGUGUACGACUUUACCAUGGCGAAAGAUCCUCUGUUCCCGUGGUACCUGUUCAAGAGUUUCCGAUCAUUCUCGUCACUACUUAUGCUUGUCUUCGUGGCCGGCAUGGUGUUUUUCGCGGCCUCUGCACUCAACGCGCAAACAAUCCUUUACCUCUAUACCGCUGAUCCGAUCAAGAUCGGUGUAUACUCCAUCCCCUCUGGUGCCGGUCAGCUCGUGGGUGGUGUUAUCAUUCCAGGCCUUGUCCACUAUAUCAAGCACGUCCACAUCCAGCUCACCUUUUCCGUUUUCAUGCAGACCCUCUUUUUCGGUCUGGCUGCGCUCAUCACACCGCACAACAUCAACUGGGUCAUGGCCUGCCAGUUCCUUGCCAUGCUUCCAUUCGGUUGGAUCACGCUAAACUGCUACACAACAGCCUCGCUCCACGUGCCCCAGCGAGACCUGGGGGUUGCUAUCGGGCUCAUUGGCACCUUCCGGUCUCUUGGAGGAGCAGUCGGUUCCGUCAUCUUCUCGUCUAUCUUCAAUCAGAUCUCAGCCAAGCAAGUCCCCCGUCGCAUCGCGGAUGUCGCCCUUGCGGGCAACGUAUCGGCCAAGACUCUCCCAGACUUGAUUGAAGCAGUUUCCUUGACGCUGGUCGGCGUUCCUGAUCAGGCCGCAACCGUCCCUAGCGUGUCGGCAACGGUUUUCUCCAAGUGCGUAGAGGCAGCUCGGCUUGGAUAUGCCUACGGUUUCCGAAUCACUUGGCUAUCAUCGAUCCCCUUCGGUAUCAUCGCCAUGCUUUGUGCCAUGGCGGUUCGUGAUCCUUCCAAGUACUUCACAAACCAUGUUGAGGUUCACCUCGAGAAGGAGAUUGGUAACAAACCGGCUAGGGAGACGAAGGAGGUUGAGAUGGAACAUUCAUAG